UUAAAGUUGAUUUAUUAUUAUAUGAUUUACUUCUGUCCCCCUUUUUGAAUCUGUCUGAAUAUUGACAAGCAAAAAACAAUCAUUAUCAUUACUGGAGAAGCCUUGAAAAAUAGCAACAUCCAUCUGCAGGUUACCUUCAAAAAUAUGCACAUAAGUAGUGCCAUGUUUGUGGAUGACUGCCAACUAAAUCUUCACAAACAGGGAUUGCAAAUGUUUCACACAUUUUGAAUAGAUGAAUAAAUGAACAGCCCAAUUUAGAUAAAUGCAUAAUUAUGUGCUGAAGUGUUUUGAAAUGGUUUUAUUAGUGCGAGUUUUCUGUGUGCAUUAGAGUAAUUUGAGAACUUUCUCUUGAAGAGGUUACAUCGUGUGUGUGUGUGUGUGUACACUAUAUGAAGCAUUUCCUCACAACUUACUGAGUGAAAACAGGAAAACAUCAUUCAGGUGACAUCACCCUCUAUGCUGAGGUAUGUUUAUUUGGUUUGCACUGUUCCUGUUUGUACACAUGGAGUCGUGAUGUCCCCGCGACCUUUCACAUAGAUCUCCACUUUAUUGCUGAUUCCAUGUAUUACGACAGGGUUAAGGGUGAAAGGGUUAAUCGCGUGCUUUUCUCAUAUACACAUUUAUUGUGACAGUAUUCUUAUCACCUGAUGCUUUUUAGCUGUUUGAGUUGGUGUGUCACUUUGACCUCUGACUCAUUUCAGCAUGGCUGCUGUUCCUCAUGGGUUGCUCAGUGGGGCUAUAUAUAAUGAUUUUAUGUUUCUGUUUUUGCUGACCUUGUUCUUUUUUUUUUUUUCUUUCUUUUUUUCAAAAAAGGCUUUUGAUGGAGAUAUUGAAGCUGACAUCUGUUUGUUUUCAUUUGCACGGUCUCCUACAACCACUCCAAUCCUCCUGCCCUUCCUCGAUGGUGUAGCACUGAUAGCUAAUUAAUAUUCCCCUCUAUCUCUGAUGGAGUCAGCCGUUAGUACAUCCACUCAAGUGCCAGAUGAGUUUGACCGUAAUGUUCCACGGAUCUGUGGUGUGUGUGGAGACAAAGCCACUGGCUUUCAUUUUAAUGCGAUGACCUGCGAGGGCUGCAAAGGCUUCUUCAGGCGCAGUAUGAAGCGGAAGGCCAGUUUUACCUGUCCCUUUAAUGGAAGCUGCACCAUCACUAAAGAUAACCGUCGCCACUGCCAGGCCUGCAGACUCAAGCGUUGCCUGGAUAUUGGCAUGAUGAAAGAGUUUAUAUUGACGGAUGAGGAAGUUCAGAGGAAAAAGGAGCUGAUCCAGAGGAGAAAGGAUGAGGAGGCGCAGAGGGAGGUGCAGAAGCCCCAGCUUUCAGAAGAGCAGCGCAGCAUCAUUGAUACGCUGGUGGAUGCGCAUCACAAAACCUAUGACGAUUCCUACUCUGACUUCUCACGCUUCAGACCUCCAGUUAGAGAGGGUCCAGUUACACGUAGUGCCAGCCGAGCCGCGUCUCUUCAUUCAGAUGCCUCGUCAGACUCCUUCAGCCACUCUCCAGAGUCAGGAGAUCGUAAGAUGAAUCUGAGUAAUCUGUUGAUGAUGUAUCAGGAGCAGGGUUUAAACUCCAGUCCAGACUCAAAGGAGGAUGAGGGCACUGGUCUUUCCAUGCUUCCUCACCUGGCUGACCUGGUUUCCUACAGCAUUCAGAAGGUCAUCGGAUUUGCCAAGUCGAUUCCUGGAUUCAGAGAGCUGACAGCUGAAGAUCAGAUUGCUUUGCUCAAGUCCAGUGCUAUAGAAGUGAUCAUGCUCCGGUCCAACCAGUCUUUCAGUCUGGAGGACAUGAGCUGGAGCUGUGGAGGACCCGAGUUUAAAUACUGCGUGAAUGAUGUCACGAAAGCUGGACACACUCUGGAGCUGUUGGAGCCUCUGGUGAAGUUUCAGGUGGGCUUGAAAAAGCUCAACCUACAUGAGGAGGAACAUGUGCUGCUGAUGGCCAUUUGCCUGCUGUCUCCAGACCGGCCUGGGGUGCAGGACCACGAGCGAGUGGAAGCGUUGCAGGACAGGUUAUCUGAGGUUCUGCAGGCAUAUAUCCGUGCGCAUCACCCGGGGGGGUGUCUGCUCUACGCUAAGAUGAUCCAGAAGCUGGCAGACCUCCGCAGCCUGAACGAAGAGCACUCCAAACAGUAUCGCUCCCUUUCUUUCCAGCCCGAACACAGCAUGCAGCUGACCCCUCUGGUGCUGGAGGUGUUCGGCGGACAGGUCACUUAGCAAGUUCACCCAAGUCGGAGCAAGACAUGCGGGUCAAACGGCGUGAGCCGGAGGAUUGUGGAGUGGAGUGAAUGUACGGUCAAUCACCUUAAAAUGCAUACAGAGUUUCCAGGAUGAAGUUUGUGAGUUGCGUGUGUGCGUGUGUGCGUGUGUGUGUGCGUGCAUGUGUGCGUGCGUGUGUGUGUGUGUCUUCUGAAAGUGUAUCCCUCAUCAUUUACAGAUCGGCUAGGGAGUGCCAUAGAUGUUUGCAUUUGUUUGUUGUAUGUAAGGAAGACAUUCUCAUGAGAAUGUAAUAUGGUCAUGGUGUUUUUCACUGUGGCAACUCAAUACAGUAUAUUUUACUGUAUUAUCAAUAGCCAACAGUAUUACACUGCAUGUGUAGGAUGAGUGUGUGAGCGUGCAGUCCUGUUCUAAACCUCUGCAUGGUCCCCAAAGCGCUGUCCACUACUGCUGAUGUCCUGUCUCUUCACCUCCUGCCUUUAAAUGCACAGGGUUAAAAGUACUAAUGCAAGCACACAGCUCUAACUCGCCCCUCGCCUAGCCACUUAACCAAUCAGACGGCAGCUCCGCCUCCCUUUCCUCUGCCUCCAGAGCUCUGAUAGGUCGCUGAACAAUGGCUGUCUUCUCUCCUAUUUGCCUUUGCUGUGAUUGGCCAAUAACCUGACGCCUCCACAAAGUGGUCAGUGCAGCAUUAGCGCUCGCCACGCAGCUAACCUGUAAAUAAGACUCAGUAUCUAUAUUCGUAACUUUUCAAAUCAGUGUAAAUAGAGUUUGAUAUAAGUGCUUCGUGUGGCUAAUGGUAGAAUCUAGCAGAGGGAGACCCUGCAGCCCUGGCUGGUUAUAAUGAAUAGGUAAACAAAGACUACGAUCUAACUGUGCGUUUAUGAAAACAUACAGGAAGCGGAAUCAUGAAUUACGUUUUAAAAAACAGCUUUACCUCCAUUCUUUACAUUGUCGUAAAGUCCUGUAGGAUACAUAUUUCUCAAAUCUUCCAUUCUAUCAUUCUUUUUUUUUUUUGAUUAGUUCAACGAAUUAAAUUUUUUUCAACAUUUUACCCUUCGUUAGCCAUCAUAUUUUUUUUCUCAUGACACCGCUAACAAAAUCAUGAAUGCUUUUUAUCAUGAAUUUAAUUUAUUUUAUUUUUUUAUUUAUAGCACAUUUGACACAAGCAAGAGUUACACAGCUAAAAUAAAAAUGUCGGUCAUAUUUCAACCCAAAAGAAAAUAAUCUCCCCAGAUGAAAUUUGAAUUACUCUAAUAUGACAAUGGAUAUCAUCCAUAUUACAAUUA